GCAUGUGCACGGAAUUCGGGCCAGUGGGGAUUUGGCAUGAUUAUUUUCACUUUUCAGUCACAGUUUCCAUUGGCACAUUGCAUUGUGAAGUGAUUGAAGCAAGCCUUGACUUUGCAUCUGUUUCGUCUGUGGAGGUUGCUGGUAGCUGGACGUUGGUGACUUGAAAGUUGGGAGAUUCGAGUAAGCGGGCGAGAUGGCGUCGGCUGGAAAUGCGGCGGGCAGCGCGGUUGUGGACGAUAGCCAGAAUUUCGAUUACAUGUUCAAGCUGUUGCUGGUGGGGAACAGUGGAGUAGGGAAAACCUGCUAUCUAUUUCGCUACACUGACGACGUGUUUCGCGGCAGCUUCGUGUCGACGGUGGGCAUCGACUUCAAAGUAAAGACAAUCACUAAGCAUGGAAAGAGAAUAAAGCUGCAGAUUUGGGACACAGCCGGACAGGAGCGCUACAGAGCGAUCACGACGGCUUACUAUCGCGGAUCAAUGGGAUUUAUCCUCAUGUACGACAUUGGGAGCGAAGAGUCUUUCCGUGCUGUGCAAGAUUGGUCAACUGCCAUCAAGUCAUAUUCGUGGGACAAUGCGCAGGUUAUUCUUGUUGGCAACAAGUGUGAUCGCGAGGACAGGAAAGUCACCACGGCAAAGGGGCAGCAGCUAGCAGAUAUCCUUGGCUAUAGCUUCAAGGAAGCAAGUGCAAAAGCCGGUACCAAUGUAGCAGAAUCAUUUGAUGAACUUGUAGGUUUGAUCUGUGACAAGAUGGCGCAGACUAUGGACGAUGCCCGUGACAUCAACUUGAAAGACAUGAACCAACAGGAGGACAAGCAGGAGACUGGCUCAUCUGGCUGCGGUUGUUAAGCAUGCCGCCGCUCGCCUGGGUGCAGCAAGCACUUGGUGGCAGCAGGAUCGGUGUCAAAGUUGUCAAGUCAUGGGUAUUGAGUAUUGUCUAUGGUGUCGCGCUGUCCUGCUCAGAGUGGCCCGAUAACGAUUGACAUAGUGUAUCCGUCCAGUACGGUCCGCGCUGAGACAAGACGAUGAUGCGCUGGUCAUGUGUAUGCUUGUGAACGCGUUCUGUACUACAAAGUUUGAAUCCAUCGCCGGUCUAACAUCCCUUCCAUUGCCUUUGACAUAAAUCGCCUUACCUUCUCCAGAAUGUCAGAAACUGCAGGCUCACAGCUAUAACAUGCUUGAGCACCCCACUCGUAAAUAUUUGCGUUCUCUUUUCGCUGGUUAUCCCGCCUGCAUUGGGCGAUUUUCCAGUCACGGUCUGCUCGGUAAGUGUGUAGCCAAUAUAGAUGCGCCAUUCAUGCAUUGCUCAGUGUGUUGUCCGCUUGAAGUACACCACCCACUGUACGUUCUACACAGCCACUAGUCCGCGGUUGAGGCAAUGUAUCAUUUGCAUGUAAUUUGUUUCUCUGGCCGUUAGGUAGCUACACCAUGUGUUAUUUCUAUAUAUUGCAUGUCCUUGUGCUCGUACCUACUGUGAUCAUGUGAUGUACUUCCAGUACAACGUAAUGCAAACUGGCAAUUUCAGCGGUAUACUCAACUCUCAAACCUUAUCCGAGUAAUAAUAAUAAUAUUAUCAGUCGUAUGCUUCA